AUGUCACGGGCCCCAGGCAUCCAGAUGUACCGGCUGACAGCUCUGCCCACAGCAAGGGAGUUGGAACUGGAUGGAACUGGACUCCUUGACCAGGAACCACAGAUGCCCAACAGCAGCUCCAUCAGCGAGUUCCUCCUCCUGGCGUUGGCAGACACGCGGCAGCUGCAGCUCCUGCACUUCUGGCUCUUGCUGGGCAUCUACCUGGCUGCCCUCCUGGGCAACGGCCUCAUCAGCACUGCCGUAGCCUGCGACCACCGCCUGCACACCCCCAUGUACUUCUUCCUCCUCAACCUCGCCCUCCUCGACCUGGGCUGCAUCUCCACCACUCUCCCCAAAGCCAUGGCCAAUGCCCUCUGGCACACCAGGGCCAUCUCCUACGCAGGAUGUGCUGCACAGGUCUUUUUCUUUGUCUUCUUCAUCUUGGCAGAAUAUUAUCUUCUCAUGGUCAUGGCUUAUGACCGCUAUGUUGCCAUCUGCAAGCCCCUGCACUACGGGAUCCUGUUAAGCUUUAGAGCUUGUGCCACCAUGGCAGCAGCUGCCUGGGGCAUUGGGCUUCUCUAUUCCCUGCUGCACACUGCCAAUACAUUUUCCCUGCCUCUGUGCCAAGGCAAUGCUGUGGAUCAGUUCUUCUGUGAAAUCCCCCAGAUCCUCAAGCUCUCCUGCUCAGAUGCCUACUACAGGGAAGCUGGGCUUAUCAUGUCCCCCACUAUCUUCUCCCCAUCCCUGGACCUGGUGGUGUCUGUUCUGUAUUCGGUGGUGCCUCCAGCACUGAACCCCCUCAUUUACGGCAUGAGGAACCAGGAGCUCAAGGGUGCUCUCAGGAAGAUACUCCAACAUGCCCUAUUUCACCAUCAGAAAGAUGUUCAUCAUGCUCUCAAGACUACAAAACAAUUAGGAAAAGCCUGA